CAUCAUGGCAUACCCUUGAGCAGAGCGAUGAAGUUUACCCGGCGAGCGCGUCGACGUCGGCGAGGACGUGUGGCUUGCGAGCGGCUUGCAGCGGCGUGGCGCAGCGGCGCGUCAGCCAGGACACCGAGCCGCUCGCUCGUCCGCCUCCUCCGCUUGCGACAGCGAAACUGCCUGUUAAGAAGGGCAGGAUCAGCCGUGUGGCAGCUUGCGCUCUCUGUCAGAGAUGUGUCUCCGCGCUGUACGGCUUGGUCGUGGCAUGGAGGAGAGAGCACGGCGCAUGUGCCGGCAUGCCGGCACUUCCAGCGGCCGGCGCGGCGGAUGUGGAGCAGCCGCGGCGGCGUCUGCCCCGCACCCUCCUUCACCACCACCACGUCUCGUCUCGCUCUCUUCCGUCAGGUGCUUCCAGGCUUCGCUCUUCCCUUUCCGCUCCCCCCAUUCUUCCUUCUUCUGCCACUCGUCCACCGCCGUGCCGCGCCAUGUCCGAGUCCACGCCGCUCCUCUCGCGCCGGCCGUCGUGGAAGAGCGCGCUGCGGCAGGAGGUCGCCGUCGACUCGCCCGCCGCACGCCUCGCCCUCACGACGCAGUGCUUCAUCGCUGGCUUUGGUGAUGCGGCCGUUUAUGCGCCAGUGAAGACGUGGAUCGCCUUCAUGACGGGCAACUUGACGCAGCUGAUGAUCUCGAGCGUGGCGCUGCUGUUCCUGCGGGUGCGCCCGUCCACCUCGGCGUCGUCCGAGGAGAGCAGCAUGCACUCCUCGCGCGUCAUCCUCUCUGCCGGCUCGGUGGUGGGCUUCGCGCUGGGUGCCUUUCUCUCGCAGCAGGCCGUGCUGCGCUUCGGCGCCGCACAGCGGGCACGUCUGGCGGGCACGCACCUCGUCGGCGCACUCAUCGUGCUCGCCGUGGCAGGCAUCAUGUCACGCGGCUACGACUUGCAGAGCGACGUGGCGCCGUACCUCAUUGGCGCGCUGGCGUGCACGAUGGGUGCCCAGGCCGUCGUGGGCCAGCGCAGCGGCAACGCGCCGUACGCGACGACGGUCGUCUUCACUGCGACGCUCACGCAGGUCUUUGCCGACCCGCUCUUCCCGUACCUCGGCGCACCGGGCCGCCGGCGUGUCGUCACGAUCCUGGCGCUGCUGCUUGGCUCGGGCUCCGCGCAGUGCGUGCUCGAGCUGCUGAAGGACUCGCGAGCGGCCACGUAUGCCCUGCCACUCGUGCUCUGCGCCCUGGCAACCGUGCAGUGCGCCGUCGCUGCGAUCUGGGCGCUCGUGCCGGCGGCGCAGGCGGCAGAAGCGGACGCCUGAGGAUCGCUUGCCCGCCAUUGCUCGCAUCUGGACUGCACACCUAAUAUCAGCACUCGCAAAGUCACAUGAGGAUGAAUGAGUGAGCUGUCAAUGGUACAAAUAAAGCAAGUCGGAGC